AUGCGAAUCCGCUUACAGGGCGCCGGGAAGGGACUGGCAAGGCUUGGCAGUCGAGCUCGCCAGCCGACUGAGAGACUGAAGAGUAUCCUGCCAGGACGGGCUGCAAUCGGCACAGGGGCGCUGUCUGCACCCGAGGUGAGAGCAAGAAACUCGCGGCUGAGAAGUCUGGUCAAUGAUCUGGAGGAAUCUUCGGCGCCCGACGCCAAGGGGUUAAAUGAAGUAUUCGACCAUGUUGGAGCUCCACGACCGGGCUCCCUGCCGUCUAAAAGCUGGUCCAGGGGUGAGAAGCUGAGGGAGGGCAUCCUGGCCGACAAUGGCAUCCCUCUGGUGUCUCCCAUCCUAGCCCGGGACGCGUGCAAGUGCCCCGAAUGCAUCGACCCCUCUGACCGACAACGCAAUUUCUCAUACGCAGACAUUCCCACGGACAUUGGCUUCAGCAGGAUCACCCCCGUCGAGAGCUCCGGCGAGACCAUCGUCAGCUGGCGGAACGACGCCCCACCUCACUCGGCCGGGAAAUCGACCAUCUUCGACAAGGAAGCCAUCUCGUCCCUGAGGAAGCCGUUCCGCAAUCCCCGCUGGUAUCUGUACAGCCUGGCGCAGAAACUGUGGGAUGCCGAGUCGUUCACUCGCGACUCCAACCGGUUCGACUUCAACGAGUACAUGAGUAACGACGACGCAUUGGCGGAAGCCCUCCACCUGCUGUGGCGGGACGGCCUGGUCUUCGUCGACGGCGUGCCCGAGUCGGGGGGAUCGGUGUCACAGAUCGUCACCCGCAUCGGCCCGCUCAUGAACACCUUCUACGGGCCGACCUGGGACGUGCGGUCGGUGCCCAACGCCAAGAACCCGCCGGCGUUUCAGUUUCUGCACUGCAUCCACAACGAGAGCACGGGCGGCGAGUCGCGGUUCGCCGACACGUUCAAGGCCGUCGACAUGCUCUACUCGCAAGAUCCGGGCAAGGUGCGCGAUCUGAUGACAUACCCGGUGCGGUACGAGUACGACAACGACGGCUACUUCUACUCGGACCUGAAGCCCACGAUCCUCAAGCGGCAGGAGCUCAACGUACCCAACCGGCCAACGCACAACGCCCAGCACCCGCACGUCAUGUCGGAUGUCGGCCGCGUGUACUGGUCGCCACCAUUCGUGGGCAACAUCCACCCGAAGCUGGAGCACCACGAGCUGGUGCGGUUCGUGUCGGCGAGCCAAGCCUUCGCCUCGAUCCUCGAGCGGCCCGAGAUGGUGGUCGAGGAGAAGAUGGACAGCGGCACCUGCGUCAUCUUUGACAACCUGCGCGUCGUCCACGCCCGCAACGCCUUCGACCUCAACUCCGGCCGCCGCUGGCUGAGAGGCGCCUACCUCGCCCGGCAGGACUUUGUGAGCAAGGCUUCGUCCAUGAUCGACCGCAUGCCCGCCAACAUCCGGUUCUACACGCUAGACGAGUAA